AGGCACCUAUAAAUAUCCCUGAAGUAGGCCUACAUUCGAGUAAGGAAUGACUAGGAUCUAAGUGUUGAAAAUCAAAGGCAGACCUGCAGCGAGGAAAAUGAUUGGACCUUUAGGCCUACUCGUCCUCUUGGUGGUGAACCUGGUGUUAGUGAGCGGCACUCCGUUGGUUAUGAGCGACACUCCGGUGGAAGUGAGCGGCACUCUGAUGGCAGCGAAUGGCACUCCAGUGGUGUUGAGCGACACUCCGGUGGUGCUGAGCGACCUUCCGGUGGUAGUGAGCGACACUCCAGGGGUAGUGAGCGGUAGGCCUACACCCGCUUCGCUUCCAGUGGAUUGCAGCGACCUCUACAGCAACGGCUUCGGUAACAGUGGCGUCUAUACGAUCUUUCCAGCGGGACCCACUUCCCCGGUUCAGGUGUUCUGUGAAAUGGGCAGCAUGGAUGCACCAGAUAGUAACAAAUGGACGGUCAUUCAAAGAAGGACUGAUGGCACCAUUAACUUCUACCGUGGGUGGGAACAGUACAAGACUGGAUUCGGACAAGCGUCAAGUGAAUACUGGUUGGGUCUGGAGAAUAUCCAUCUCCUGUCUGGGAAAAAAAGCUACAAGCUGAGGGUGGACAUGGAGGACUUUGAUGGCGCAAAGGUAUCGGCGGAGUAUUCCUCCUUCAACGUGGCCCCUGAGAAGGACGGAUACAGGCUCACGUUAGGUGGCUUCAAAGACGGUGGCGCGGGAAAUUCGUUGGAUCAUCAUAAUGGUCAGAAGUUCUCAACAUUUGAUAAGGACCAAGAUUCUGAUGCUACAAACUGUGCAAAAACCUACCUUGGAGGAUGGUGGUACAAUACUUGCCAUCAUGCCAACCCUAACGGGGAGUAUUUGUGGGGCGAAUCAAUCUUUGGCCUUGGAAUUAAUUGGUUGACUUGGAGAGGACACACGUAUUCCUUAAAAGUCAUUGCAUUUAAGUUAAGUCCCCAACUGGAACUGGAUGCUAUUGGUUGAAUCGUAGUAGAAUUACAAUUCAUUGACAGUGUGACUAUUUAGUUGACGAGGGUUAGGCCCGUUAUAUUAAGUCAUAAGUCAUUAUACACAACGUCCACAUGUUAAGCAUCAGAUGGGAUUUCAGCAUUAUAUUGUUUAGGCCUUUUACUCAAUAAAGAAUGAGACCAUUUAUUUGUUGUAUUUUG